UGUGAUGCUGAAGUGUGAAGGACCAACAUAUCCUGGACAGCUCUGUUUACUGUAUCUGUUCUUCCUGGGUCUGGGUAUAUCUGGACAUACACACACUACAUGCCCAGAGCAAGAGGAACAACAGCCCGGAUCCAGAACCAGUGUAAAACCAUGCCUCGUCUUUGUGUCUCAAUGCUGCUCUGGGUCGUCCUGCUGGGUCUCCUCUCUCUAAUAGGGGCUGAGGAGACAGCAGGCAAAGGCAAAGCAGAUGUGGGGCGUGAGAAGCGCAGCAUGCCCAACUGGGCUCUGACCUCCUCUGACUUCUUCGGCUGGGUGGAGGCUCUGCGCGAGCAAGCUGGUUAUGAGAAGAUUGAAGACAUGUCCAGAACCUUCUGGGCUCACUUCCCCUCCGCCAGCCGCCUGGGCUAUGAGCUGUCCGACCCUGACGAGGAGUGAGGAACCGGAACCACAACAACAGCAUAUACAAAAACUGGUACAGGAUCAGUUUCGCCUUUUAAAUCAAAAUGAAUAAGAGUGUAUGGACAGGGGGUACCUGAGCCUAGAUCUGGGGCCAUAUCAAGCGUCUCAGAGUGGGAAUGCUGAUCUAGGAUCAGGCCCCCCUGUCCAUGUAAUCUAAUUAAUUGUGAUCUAAAAUGAAAAACGGAUCCUAGAUCAGCACUCCUACUCUGAGACACUUUAUGAUUACGGGACCAGAACUAGAACCAACAUCUCUCUACUGCAUGCAAGUAGUGUAAAUUGUAUAUAGAGGCCUAAUCUAUGUCCUCAGAGGACCCUGGAAAAGACAUGUAUUGACAAUCACCAAAGAGGAGAAAGGGAGGGGGUGGAGCCUCUGCAUGGGGGUCAUGUGAUGCUCAGUACUGUACGUGUGAUAGACAGAGAACACACGUUGACACCAGAUCAGGUCUCUCAUACACUUGACUUUGCCUUGUGUUGUGUCCAUGGACAAUAAAUAUGUAUGCGUUCUAUGUGUGAAACUGCCUUGCUACAACCCAAUUAAACUCUCCCAGGAACCUGGAGCUGUAAUUCUU